AAUCUCCAAAGGUGGGAGGGGCGCAAGGACAAAUCCCGAGCCUUUUACGCGCGGGGCUUUACGCGCGUUCCCUCCUCCGCCUCCUCCCGGCCCUGCCGGCGUCCCCAGGCGAAGCUGAGCCUCCGGCAAUGGAAGAACAAGGACGGGCGGCUCGGAAGCGACGGAAAGGCCCGGACUUCCUCUCGCCUCUUUUUUCCCCCACCCACUGAUUGGCUCGGCCGGAUUAUGAAAUCGUAGAAAUAGGAGGCUGCUCGCCGCCUUUGCCGCAAAAAAAAGUCGCCCGGUUUAAAAAGAAGCCCGCGCGGGGCUGAGGACCAGAGGGCGAGCAAGGUGAGGCUUAGGGCGGCGGAGCGAUGAAGUCGGCCCUGGUGCUGCUGGCCGGGUGGCUGGCGCUGACCGCCUAUUACGUCUACCUGCCGCUACCCAGCACCGUCUCCGAGCCUUGGCAUCUGAUGAUGCUGGAUGCGACCUUCCGGGUCGUGCAGCAAUCGUGCGACCUGGCUCAUUACAUAGGACUGGGCCACCAUGCAAAAUUGCUAAAUAGUUUUGUUAGUUGGUUGGAGAGCCUGAAUUUGCCCUCUACACGGCCUGUGAAGAUAACAGAUGCCAUAUUUGAUGGUGUUGAGGUCCGAGUGUAUCAGCCAGAUACUCAGAUCAGCCAGAAGACGUUACAUCGGAGCAUCGUCUACAUCCAUGGAGGAGGAUGGGCUUUGUUAAGUACAAAAGGAGGCUACUAUAAUCAUCUCUGUGAGAUUAUGGCUGAAUCUCUCGAUGCUGUAGUUAUCUCAAUUGAUUACAGGUUAGUGCCAGAUUUCCAUUUCCCGGCACAGUUUGAUGAUAUCCUCCGGGCCACAAAACAUUUUCUGCUGCCAGAUGUCCUAACUCAAUAUUCUGUUGAUCCCGCCAGAAUUGCAAUUUCCGGUGAUAGCGCAGGAGGCAACCUGGCUGCUGCUGUGUGCCAAGAGAUAAGUCAAGAGGAGAACAUAACCAAUAGAUUUAAACUUCAGGCCCUAAUCUAUCCCGUCCUGCAGCCUUUUGAUUUUAAUACUCCUUCCUACCAACAGAACAAACUCAGCCCAAUCCUAACACGUUCGGUGAUGGUGGAGUUUUGGGUAGAGUAUUUCAAUGGAAGUUACGAUUUUGUCCAAUCCAUGUUGAUGAACAAUCAUACCUCUCUAGACGUGAGCGAGGCCAAUUCCUUCAGAGACCGAGUAGACUGGACUUUCCUUCUGCCUUCAAGAUUCAGGAAGAAUUACAAACUCAUAGCUCCAACCACAGGGAAACCUGAAAUCAUCCAGAAUAUCCCUGCCCUAUUAGAUGCCCGCGCAGGUCCGCUUCUGGCUGAAAAAGAGCUUUUACGCCUGCAGCCCAAAACCUAUAUUAUGACUUGUGAGAUCGAUAUUCUGAGAGAUGAUGGUCUCAUGUAUGCCAAGCGGCUAGAGAAAGCCGGUGUGGAAGUCACCAUUGAUCACUUUGAGGACUGUUUUCAUGGCUGCAUGCUCUUCACCAUUUGGCCACUUAAUUUUUCUGCAGGAUAUCACACCAGAGACAGCUAUCUCAAGUGGCUGAAUGAAAAUUUAUAAACAGAGAAAGAUCCACAAAAGCAAUUCAUGCUACUCAUUUGAAGGCAUCGCUAGAGAACUUCCAGUACAGAUUAGCAUGCUUCCCCUGUGCAUCUUCCUUGACACCUAAUUUAUGGAGAAGAGUCAUGUGUAAUCUCCAGAUCCAAUUCUAAAUAUAUUUGCAAGGAAAUAAAUCUGGUCUUAAUGGAGGCAAUAUAAAAAGGUGGCUAAAUAAUCCAUACCCCUGCACACUGCAAGACGAAAAUGGUAUCUGUGAAUAUAGUUUUAUAUAAAAGUUUCUUCAAGAACACUGAGAAAUCAGUGAAAAAAACAGCCAGUCUUAAUCUUGAUUUCCUAUGCUGAUUUUCUACAUACAAGAAGUUUCUUCUCCCUAUGGGUCUUCAUGAGAAAUGGGGCAAAGGUGCCACAUGUAUGACAUCAUUACACACUUUUAUCAGAAAGCCAAUGGAUCCAUCAGAAUGCCAAAGUUAUAUUUCACUGCAAAUGUCACUGCUUCACACAUACACACAACCCAAAAUGUAGGGAAGACGUAGCAAUAGCACUUAAACUUGUAUACCACUUCACAGUGCUUUCCAGCCCUCUCUAAGGAGUUUACAGAGUCAGCAUAUUGCCCCCAACAAUCUGGGUCCUCAUUUUACCCACCUCGGAAGGAUGGAAGGCUGAGUCAACCUUGAGCCUGGUGAGAUUCCAACUGCCAAAUUGCAGUCAGCCAGCAGUCAGCAGAAGUAGCCUGCAGUACUGCAAUCUAACCACUGCGUCACAUAGCUCAUUAUUAGAGGAUAUAUUUUGAGUGCAGAAGGAACCAAAUCCAUUUCAUCUCUAGAAGGGUGCAGAAUAAUUCAUUCUUAGUAAUAAAAACUCACUGGAAGUGUUCUGUUUCUUAUCCAUCCUA